GGCCAACAUUCAACGCUUAACCGCGAAAGUGAAGCAACAGGAGAUGGAGCUAAAGCGAAUGCGAUUAGAUGUGGCCAGCUUGCAGGAACAGUUGCCACGAUUGCGUGAGCAGCUGGAACGUCAGCAAGAGCGUGUUGCCAAAACGCACUCCGAUCCAGAACGGGUGCGUGCGCUCGAGACGAAAGUGAGCGAGUGCAAGGUAACGUUCGAGGCAGCAAACGAGAAGGCAUCAAGUGUGCAGCAGGAAGCUGACCGGUAUACGAACCAGAUUAACGAAAUCACCAACAGCAAAGUAAAGUCAUUGCAGACAAAAAUCAAUGGCUUCACCAAGCAGAUUGAUAAGCUGACCGCCAAUAUCAGCAAACUGUCGGUCGAGAUCAAAACAUCCGAGCGCAAUGUCAAGAAAUCAGAGGACAAAAUCCGCAGCAUGGAGGAGGAGGUUGAAUCGGCUCAGAAUGCGAUCCGUAAAGGCAACGAUGAUCGAACGCAGCUGGAAGAAGAAGCUAACGAACUGAAGGAAGAGCUGGAGCAGAUGAAAGAAGCGAUCGAGAAGGCUCACGAGGGUUCGUCGAGUAUCAAGAAGGAAAUUGUGGCACUACAGAAGCGAGAAGCGGAGGGUAAGAUGAAGCGGUUGGAGUUUGAACAGAUCGUGCAGACCAUCGAGGGAAAAUUACAGGAAACAAAGGACACGCUGCCACACUGGAAAGACAAGUUGAAACCAUUGAAACUGCACGAAAUCUUCGGAACACCUAGCCCUGAACCCUUGAAGGAAUAUACCGAAGAGGAGCUUGCAAGCUACAAGCUGCCCGAUCUACAGUAUCAAAUUUCGAUCCUGGAGGAAAAGCUAAAUGCAAACAAGCCCAACCUGUCCGUGAUUGACGAGUACUUGAGGAAGCGGGAAGCGUACCUGCAGCGUGUGGCCGUACUGGAAGAAAUCACUGAAAAGCGAAACGAAAUGCGGAAGCUUUACGAUGAUGUGCGCAAGAAGCGUUUUAAUGAAUUUAUGCGCGGUUUUCACAUUAUCACCAAGAAGCUCAAAGAGAUGUACCAAAUGAUCACCCUUGGUGGUGAUGCCGAGCUAGAGUUGGUUGAUUCGAUGGACCCGUUCACCGAGGGCAUCGUGUUCAGUGUGCGUCCUCCGAAAAAAACAUGGAAAAUGAUUUCCAACCUUUCCGGUGGCGAAAAGACGCUCUCCUCUCUGGCCCUAGUAUUCGCGCUUCAUUACUACAAACCUUCACCACUAUACGUGAUGGAUGAGAUCGAUGCGGCACUCGAUUUCAAAAAUGUUUCCAUCGUGGCCCACUACAUCCGGGAACGCACCAAGAACGCGCAGUUUAUCAUCAUCUCACUACGCUCGAACAUGUUCGAGCUAUCGGAUAUUUUGGUGGGCAUUUACAAGGUGAAUGAUUGCACAAACUCUACGGCCAUCGACAAUGAUCCGCCAAAGGCAAAUUACGUUGGCAGUCAAUCACAACAACAGCAACCACCGGCAUCGCAACAGUUUGGAUACGGCAACCUUAACAACAACGAUGACCACAAUGUAAGCCUGCAUUCACCGACCGGCCACCGUGAUACCGUGGCACCCGAUACGCCCCAAAGUAACGAUGAAAACAUGGAUACGGACAUAACUGAAAAUGUUAAUCAAAAGGAUAACGCCGACAAAACCAGUGCGAAACCAACGUCGAUCGAUGUGGUGGAUAACAACCUCGUGCAACCGAUGGAAGUCGAGAUGGAAGUACAAUGACCGUGUAUCACAAACUCUCUGUUUUUCUCAAUUGCUCUAUGUAAACAGCGCUUGUUUGUACAAAAUGACCUCAAAAGAGAAGCAUAUACUUUAA